CCCCUCCGCUCCCCCUCCCGAUGCCCGCCUCCUCGCCGAGCCUCAUGCCGGCGCCGGUCGGCAUGGCCGGGUCCGGACAGCCGGCCGCUGGCGGCGGCUUCCGCUGGCCUGCCCGCGUCGUUUGGACUCUCCUUUCCUUCGGCCUGUUCGCCCAUGCGUACUUUGGCGGCGGCCUGUCCGGUCUCCGGUCGUCGCCAGGCAAGGGUGCUCCCGACUCGGCGGCCGCCACCGCCACCACUGCCAGUGACACCACUCCCUGGAGCCCGCUGCAGCGGGCACUCUCCUCGGCUGGCGCUGGUGCUGGCGAACAGAUCGACACCAUGCUCCAGUCCGUUCGCCAGAGCGCUGCCACCCUCUAUGAGACGUCUUCCCUCUCUGGCCGGUCCAAGGUCCGCGGGAACCCCCGCGCCCGGGCGGCCAUCCGCCACGCCGCCACCGCCACGGCGCAGACCGCCGAGGCCUCACCCCCCGGCUUCCUUGGCCCCGACAUCUCGUGGGACGCCUUCCUCGGGGAUGUGCGUCUGGCUUCGAAGCGUCUUCUCUCGCCGCGCAGCCUGCUGGCUGCCAACGAGGCCAUGGGCUCCGGCAACCACAGCGCCUCCUCCGGCCACGAGGAGGAGGAGGAGGACAUUUGCGCUAUGAAGUACAUCUCCGAGCAGCCUGACCCCUGCGCCUUUGUCAAGGAGAACUGCCCGGCCGACUCGGUGAUCGACUACUACGGCAACCACUUCUGCUGGUUCGGCUCGCCGGCGCUUUCCUGGCUAUCGUACAUCCUCCUGAUCAUCUGGGUCGGUGUCAUCUUUGUGGUGAUCAGCUUCAUUGCCGAUGCUUUCGUGCUCAAUCUUCGUGCGAUGUCCCUGUUGCUGAAGCUGUCCGACAACAUGGCCGGUGUCACCCUCCUGGCCGUCGGCAACGGCGCGCCGGAUCUCUUCGGCUCCAUCGCCUCGGUGACCUCGGACAACCCGAACUUGGCCCUGGGCCAGCUCCUCGGCGGUGGCGUUUUCGUGACCACGGUCGUGGUUGCGGCCAUCGGCAUGCAGCAGUCUUUCCGUGUCAAUCGCCGGCCCUUCGUUCGGGACAUCCUCUUCUACACAGCCGCCGUCCUGUUCAUGUUCUUCAAUGUCCUUGUUGGUAGUAUCUCCCUCUGGAAGUCCCUCCUGAUGAUUGGCUUCUACGUGGCCUACGUGAUCACGGUCUUCGUGGGGCACUUCAUCUAUCGCCGCAUGAAGGCCAAGCGUCUUGCGGCCGCUCUCGACGCCGGUCUCGACCCGGACGAGACGUCCCACACCAUCAACUCCACCGCCAGCGAUAGCCCAGACCUGGAGGGGGACUCCCCCUCGCCAGCCCUCGAGUUCGGCGAUGAGUAUGCCGGCAUCGAUGAUUCCGCCUCCAACAUCCACUCGGUGGCCGUCAGCGCCGCGCAAAAGCAGGGCCGUCUGCGCCCGCGUCGGCCCCUCUCCAAGGUAUCGACCGAGGACAACACCGAUGACGAGGGCAACUCGCCCGAUGAGCAUCUGGCUGGCUUCGCUUCCAUUCCCCAGGAUGGCCUUCUUUCCGACGGGGAGUACAACUUCAAUGAGACGUCGGGGCUCCUGGCGGCAAACUCAUCGCCCGUGUAUGAUGUUACUCCCCUGCUGGGGCCGGAUCCGCCUGCCAGCAAGAAGCCCUCCAUGGAGGAGGAGUUCAACCCGGAGACCCUUUCCAUGACCGAGGCCCUCUUCCCGGUGGUGACUACCUGGGCCGAGUCCAGCCCGCUGGAUCGCAUUGUCAACAUCAUCGGCGCGCCAUUUGUCUUUUUCAUGCAUGGCACCAUCCCGCGCGUGGACCACGGCCGCGCGCUCAAGGGAUGGAACAAGAACAUGUCUGUCAUCCACACCGUCACCGUGCCGCUGUGGAUCGCCCUCUCGACUGGUGUUUUCAAUACCUCGGUGUCGGGCGACUCGGAGUUCUCCGUUUGGAUGUUGCUCACUUGCUUGGGCGCCUUGCUGGCUAUCCCGAUGCUGCUGUUCACCAAGUCCCGCAUCGACCCGCCAUUCUUCCCGUUCUUCUCCUUCGUCGGGUUUGCCUCUUCUGCUCUGUGGAUUUACCUGAUCAGUGGUGAGCUCAUCGGCGCCCUGGCCACCCUUGGUCGCCUGUGCAACCUGUCGGACACCAUCCUCGGCCUGACCAUUUUGGCUUGGGGCAACAGUAUCGGCGAUUUGAUCGCCAACCCGGCCAUCGCGCGCAAGGGCUUCCCCGCCAUCGGCGUGAGCGCCUGCUUCGGUGGCCCCCUGCUGAACCUCCUGCUUGGGCUCGGCAUUGCCUUCACCAUCCGCCUGAUGACCUACCCGGAGGCUGAGUACCCCCUGACCAUCGACACCAACCUGUAUGCCGCCUUCGCCGGGCUCCUCAUGUCCCUGGUCAUGUCGGGCAUCGUGAUCCCGGUGUGCGGCUGGCGCGCCGGCCGGAACUACGCCAUUGUUCUGCUGGUUUUCUAUCUGGCCUACCUGUCGACCAACAUCGCCAUCGAGUUUGCUUGAGCAGCUCCCGGCCCGACACACAUGAGCCCGCUCUCCCCUCCCCUCAUCCUCCCGGUCUGCGCGGUGGUCACUGCCCCAUGGUGGGGACCCUUCGUCGGGGGUGGAGAGGACCCUGCUGCCGACCGGCCCGCCGGCGGGGCGCGGGACCGAACGGGGGCGGGAGGGGGGGGGGGGGCC